UACUUUAUUUAUGUACAUGUAACGAUUAUUUUACUUUGAAAAUUACAAGUUGAAAGCAAUAAAAAUGUCUAACCAACUUUUAACGAUUAUUUUUCUUGCAUUAAUUUCAUUUUGUCAUUCGCAAUACAUCUCGCGAGGCCAAUGUAGUGAUCGAGACAGAAUGAAUGUAAACACGGUUGACAAUUUCAGCUUCGAGAGAUUAUCAGGAAAUGAGGCGGUAUGGUACCCCGUAAUAUCAUACGCCAACAACGGCGACUGCCAGAGGGUAUAUUUUACCGUGUGGGGUGCUUUACCCUUAUCCACGGAAAUGGAUCACCUAUGGAAAAAUGUAAGCUCCGGUGUGUGGCAUAGAAGGCAAGGUCGAGUAAUAUGGGAUGAGUCUUAUUAUCCUUACGGACUAGCAGUACUGAGGGUGGAAUACCCCGAUGCCGCGGAUGUAAUGGUAUAUAGAGUUAUUGGAUUAGAGGAUGAUGAAUUCGCCAUUUUUUACAGAUGCGUUAAUGUAAAUAGAAGAAACAGACAGGAAUUUCUGCAUGUGUUGAGUCGGAACCCCAGUUUUACAUCAGAACAACAAGCUAGAGUAAAUCAAUUUCUUCGAGCUAGAAAUCUUAAUAGAGCAAAGGUUAAUCUUUUACAGGAUCCAGAAAUCUGCUCAUCUUAAAA